GCUGGGCCUGGCCGGUGCCCGGGGUUGAUAACCUGAGGCGGCACCGCACUGCGAGGAGUGCCCCGGAGUGAAUGGCGGCGUAGCUGGCGGCCGCGGAGGAUGUUCGCCCUCCUGGGUGUGGUUCUGGUCGCCGGGGCGCCGUGGGUGUUGCCCGCAGCUGCAGGGGGAACAAAACUAAAACCUCCCCAAAAUGUGGAAGUCGAUAUCAUCGAUGACACCUUCACCCUGCGCUGGGCCCGGAGCAGGGAGCCUGCCGGGAACGUGACUGUGUCGGCGGAUUACCGAAUACCUGGGAUUGUGGAUAAUUGGACGAAACUGCCUGGGUGUCAACAUGUUACUAGUGCCACAUGCGACUUUUCUUCCCUCAAGAUGAAUGUUUAUGAGGAAAUUAAACUGCGAAUAAGAGCAGAAGAGGGAAACAGUACUUCUCCGUGGCAUGAGCUUGACACAUUUAUACCAUUUCAACAAGCUCGGAUCGGUCCUCCGAAGGUACACUUAGAAGCCGAAGACAAGGCAAUAGCGAUCAACAUCUCCCCUCCCGGAGCCAAGGACAGUGUCAUGUGGCAGCUGGAAAACCCCCAGUACAGCGUGAUCAUCUGGAGGAACGCGUCGGGAGCACAGACUUGGAAUGAAACUCAUCACUCCAGGUUUCCCAGAAUUAAAAUUCACAAGCUCGUGCCAGAGACCACGUACUGUGUGAGAGUGAAGGCGCGCCUGCCCCUGCACCCGAACCCUGCGGAGUUCAGCCCCGUGCACUGCGUGAGCACCACAGCUCCCCUCCACCCAGUUCUCACCCCACGCCAAGACCUCACCACCUCACCGUCCUCGUCCAUAGUUGAAAAUGAGCUGCCUGCUCCCGAAAAUAUACAGGUCAUUCUGGAAAAUGACACCUAUGUUCUCAAGUGGGAUUACACACACGACAACGUGACGUUUGAAGCUCAGUGGCUCAAGUCUUAUUUGAAAAGGAUCCCUGGAAGCGAGUCAGAAAAGUGGGCGCAAGUGCAGGGCUGCGAGCGUGCCCCCGUGGCCCGGUGCGCCCCGCCCCAGGACCUGUUCCGGAAAGGGAUCUACUUCCGCGUCCGGGCCUCCCGCGGGAACAGCUCGUCCCCCUGGUCCCAGGAGGAGAAGUUUGACGCUGGAAGACGAGUUGUCAUCCCUCCUCUGAUCAUGGCCUUGAAGCCCCUGAGCAGCCACUCGCUCCAAGUCUCCAUCGGCUUCCAGGACCAGACCGAGCUCCAGCACUCGCUCACCUACGAAGUCAGGUUUUGGGAAAACGCUUCAAAUGCAGAGCUGAAGACCUUUGUGGAGCAGAGAGCCGACUUCACGGUCCCCAGCCUGAAGCCGCGGACGGUGUACUGCGCGGACGCCCAGGCGCUGCUGGAGGACGGGCCGAGGAGCCAGCGCAGCCGCCCCAGCAACACCGCGUGCGCCGCGACAGAAGCAGGAGGCGCCCCCGGAGCCCUGCUGGCGGCUGGCGUCGUCGCCCUGCUCGUCCUCUGCGCUGUGCUCGCCCUCGGGAAGCUGGUCCAUUACGUGUUCUUCCCGGCGGGGAAGCCGCCCGCCACCAUCGACGAGUAUUUCCCCGAGGAGCCCAUGAAGAAUCUGUUGCUUUCCACUUCUGUGGAGCGGACUGAAGAGUGUUUCAUCGUUGAAAAUGUGGACGCUGUCUCCGCAAAAGAAACGAAUCACCUGGAUGAGGAUCACAAAACAUACACUUCCCAGGCGAGCCAGGACUCGGGCAACUACUCCAUUGAAGGGGAGAGCGGGGAGAGCGGGGAGAGCGGCGGCAGCCAGGCCGGCGAGGAGCUGGGCCAGCGCGGGGCGGGGGCGGGCGCGCGCUCAGCGGGCGGGAGGUUUGCGUGACGCUGGGAGCCUGAGCCCCGGCUCCUCCGGGAACUGUCGAGAGGGUAUGGCUUGUUGGGAAAGAAAACAUCUUCGGGUCACAGGUCCUAAAAGUACAGGCGCGCGCUCGACCUGUUCACAGAUGAAGAGAAGGAGCGGGCACGUCUGCCACGGCCCGUCCGCGGGAGGCCUCGAAGAGCAGCCACGGGGCUGAGUCGGGGUCCGGUGCCAGCUCGGCCCAGGGAGGCCUGGUGCUGCCAGUUCACUGCCUGGUGCCUGGCAAGGACGCAUCCUCGUUCCCCGGAGACGGUCAGACUUGGGCUUUCCCGGGGACCGGAAGCAGACCCUAGGAAAUGUCUUUAGAAAAGCUGGGUGCCCUUCACUCCAGAAGACACUGCGCCCGCCCGUGUGGCUGGGUUGGGCAUUGCCCGUGCACGGAAAGGCCGCCGGCUCGACGCCUGGUCAGGGCAGUGCCCCGUAGGGCCCUGGGCUUGCCUGCCUGUGUGGGGUGCGUCAGAGGGAAAUCCCCGACACCCCGGUUAACACACCAGUGGGGGUAGGUCCCUAUGAUGGGGCGCACGGCGUCUUCAGGGCCUCUGGGCCUCAGGAGCCAGCGGCCAGGCAGCAGACAGGCCCGGGUGCCUGCUGGCCGGCCCUGCAGCCGCCCGUGGUCAGCACAGCUGGCCGGGCCUUGUUUGCAGCUGACGGGGUUUCUGAAAACCAUGGAUUCGGGAGCCCAGGAACCUGCCUCGGAAUUCCAACAUGAGGGGUCUCGGGGGCCAGACAGCGCCCAGGACCGUCCGCGAGGCUUUCUCAGCGCAGCCAGAGCUAACGUAGAUUCAUUCACGUGGGCGUGAACGGGGCGCGGCUCUAGACACCGUGCACACAGACACCUGCGCGUGCACCCGUCCGAGGUGGCCCAGGUCCGGAAGCUGCACGUACAGAUCCCAUUAGAAAUCAGCAGCCAGAACCUCAGCGUCUGUCUGGGCGUGGCCACCUGCGCGAAGCAAUUUUAAAAUAUAAUGGAGCCCGCACCUUCCCCUGCUGUGCGGCCAGCACAGCAGUGCCCGGGGCGGGGGGAUUGGGAGGGUGCACCCCGACUGCCUGGUGCGUCAGGUAUCUGUUUUGUCCGCUGUCCACCCCGCCAGGCCGGGCUCUGAGAGCAGGGCCUUCCCGGGAGCCCGGUGCCUCCCGCGGGGCAGGGCCUGCGCACAGGAGUGCAGGAAACGCGAUCGAGUGGACGAGACAGAACAUGGGAACUGCAUGCCUCUGACAGCAUCUGCAUGUUGAUGGGGUUCUGGAAGGACAUGCCAACAUUUUCAUGGAAAAUUCUUUUGUACCAAUAAUUUCACUUGUACUUUUGCCUGAAGCCCAGUUGGUGUAAACAGUUUUAUAUAAUAAAACUGGAGCCAAA